UGCGAGGAGUUCAAGGAAAAGUGCCCCAUCUGCGUGCCCUGCGGGCUGAAGCUGGCGGAGAAGACGCAGACGGCCAUCGUCCGGCACUUCGGCCUGCAGAUCCUGGAGCAUGUGGUCAAAUACCGCUGGAACAAUAUGCCUCGCCUAGAAAAAGUUUAUCUAAAGAACAAUGUUAUGGGCCUCAUAUCCAGUGGAACUCAAAGUAUCCUGGAGGAGGAGAGUCACAUUAAGGAUGUGCUAUCUCGCAUUGUGGUGGAGAUGAUCAAGCGGGAAUGGCCUCAGCACUGGCCUGACAUGCUUAAGGAGCUGGAUACCCUCUCCAAGCAAGGGGAAACUCAGACAGAACUGGUGAUGUUCAUCCUCCUACGUUUGGCAGAGGAUGUGGUGACUUUUCAAACUCUACCCACCCAGCGGCGACGAGAUAUCCAGCAAACCCUCACCCAGAACAUGGAAAAGAUCUUCAGCUUCCUACUAAAUGCCUUGCAGCAGAAUGUCAACAAGUACAGACUCAUGGUUGGAGCACCCCAGGAACAAGAAGUCCUCACUACUCCACAGAAGAUUGAUUUGGCUCAGGAACCAAAGGCCCAGGCUAACUGUCGUGUGGGGAUAGCGGCACUCAACACUUUGGCUGGCUACAUUGACUGGGUAGCCCUAAGCCAUAUUACGGCAGACAACUGCAAGCUCUUGGAGAUGUUGUGUCUGCUCCUAAAUGAGCCUGAACUCCAAGUUGGAGCAGCAGAGUGUCUCCUGAUUGCUGUCAGCAGGAAAGGUAAGCUGGAGGAUCGGAAGCCUCUGAUGGUCUUGUUUGGAGAUGUUGCCAUGCACUGCAUCCUCUCUGCUGCCCAGACAGCAGAUGGAGAAGGCCUGGUGGAGAAGCACUAUGUUUUCUUGAAGAGACUUUGCCAAGUUUUGUGUGCAUUGGGCAGCCAGCUAUGUGCGUUGCUAGGCUCAGAUUGUGAUGUGGAAACGCCAGCCAACUUUGGAAAAUACCUUGAGUCAUUUUUAGCCUUCACAACCCAUCCCAGCCAGUUUCUGCGGUCUUCCACCCAGAUCACAUGGGGAGCUCUUUUUCGGCAUGAAGUUCUGUCUCACGACCCUUUGUUGCUGGCUGUUGUUCCCAAGUAUCUCCGUGCAUCGAUGACCAACCUGGUGAAGGUGGGCUUUCCUUCCAAAGCAGACAGCCCCAGCUGUGAAUACUCCCGUUUUGAUUUUGACAGUGAUGAGGACUUCAAUGCCUUCUUCAACUCUUUCCGAGCCCAGCAAGGAGAGGUGAUGAGGAUGGCUUGUCGUCUGGACCCUCUAACUGGCUUCCAAAUGGCUGGUGAAUGGCUGAAGUACCAACUCACAGCUCCUGUUGAUCCUGGACCCAUGAACUCUAAGACAGGCGAAGGUCUCUGCUCCAUCUUCUCUCCAUCCUUUGUGCAGUGGGAUGCCAUGACCUUCUUCUCGGAGAGCGUCAUCAGCCAGAUGUUUCGAACCAUGGAUAAAGAUGAAAUCCCAGUGAAUGAUGGCAUAGAUCUAUUGCAGCUUGUCCUUAAUUUUGAAACAAAAGAUCCUCUCAUCCUGUCCUGUGUGCUCACCAACGUCUCUGCUCUCUUUCCAUUUGUCACUUACCGACCAGAAUACCUCCCGCAAGUACUUUCCAAGCUGUUUGCUUCAGUUACCUUUGAAGUUGUAGAAGAAAGUAAGUUUGUUGUGUCUGUCCAGGCUCCUAGAACUCGAGCAGUGAAGAAUGUGAGAAGGCAUGCAUGCUCCUCAAUCAUAAAGAUGUGCCGGGAUUACCCUCAGCUUGUCCUGCCAAACUUUGAGAUGUUGUACAACCACGUGAAACAGCUGCUGUCAAAUGAGCUACUUCUGACGCAGAUGGAGAAGUGUGCUCUUAUGGAGGCCCUUGUCCUCAUCAGCAACCAGUUUAAGGACUAUGAGCGACAGAAAGCUUUCCUGGAGGAGCUCAUGGCUCCUGUGGCUGGCUUAUGGCUAUCCCCAGAGAUGCAGAGAGUCCUCUCAGAUCCUGAAGCCUUUAUAUCCUACGUGGGUGCAGACAACAAAAUUGCUGAUCCAGUCUUGGAAGAUCCUAGUGGCCUGAACCGGUCUAGAAUAAGCUUUUGUGUGUACACCAUUCUGGGAGUUGUGAAACGAGCUCGUUGGCCUGCUGCUACUGAAGAGGCAAAAGCUGGAGGAUUCUUUUUGGGGUACCUGCCCAGUGGAACUCCAAUGUACCGUAAUCCCUGCACUGAGCAGGUCCUGAAGCUUUUUGACAAUUUACUUGCUCUCAUAAGAACUCACAACAACCUCUACAUGCCAGAGAUGGUGGCUAGGCUGGGGGAUACAUUUGCAAAGGCCUUGGACAUGCUGGAGGUGGAGAAGAAUGCCAUUCUAGGUCUCCCUCAGCCUUUGUUGGAGCUUUAUGACUCUCCUGUUUACAAAACAGUCUUAGAAAGGAUGCAGGGCUUCUUUUGUACCCUCUAUGACAACUGUUUUCACAUCCUGGGAAAUGCAGGCCCCUCCAUGCAACAGGAUUUCUACACUGUUGAGGGUCUCGCCACCCAGCUCCUCAGCUCUGCUUUCAACAACCUCAACAACAUUCCUGAUUACAGACUGCGCCCCAUGCUCCGUGUGUUUGUGAAGCCCUUGGUACUUUCCUGUCCCUCAGAAUACUAUGAAACCCUUGUCUGCCCCAUGCUGGGACCACUCUUCACCUAUCUGCACUUGAGGUUGUCCCAGAAAUGGCAGGUGAUCAACCAGCGAAGCAUGCUCUGUGAGGAUGAUGCUGCAGAUGACAACCCCGAGUCUCAGGAGAUGCUUGAGGAACAGCUGGUCAGGCUGCUAACUCGAGAAGUCAUGGAUCUCGCCACUGUUUGCUGUGUUUCUAAGAAAGGUGUUGAACAGAACACUACUGCUGCUGUAGAUGGAGAUGAUGAUGAGGCGAUGGCCACGGAGGUGACUCCCCCUGCCAACGCAGAGCUCACCGAGCUUGGCAAGUGUCUGAUGAAGCAAGAGGAUGUUUGCACUGCAGUGCUGAUCACUGCCUACACAUCCCUGUCCUGGAAGGACACCUUGUCCUGCCAAAGAACCACAACACAGCUUUGCUGGCCACUACUCAAACAGGUGCUUCCAGGAAACCUCCUUCCCGAUGCUGUGUCCUGGUUUUUCACAAGUGUGCUGAAGGGCUUACAGGUACAUGGGCAACACGAUGGCUGCAUGGCAGCUCUUGUCCACCUGGCUUUCCAGAUCUACGAGGCCUUGCGCCCUCGCUAUGGUGAGCUGAAGGCAGUGAUGGAGCAGAUCCCAGACAUCCAGCUGGACUCUUUGGAGCAGUUUGAUUCAAAGCUUCUCAACCCAACACUGCAGAAGGUGGCCGACAAGCGCCGGAAGGAUCACUUCAAGCGCCUCAUCUCAGGUUGCAUUGGGAAGCCCAUUGGGGAGCAGUUCCGCAAGGAGGUUCAUAUCCGGAACCUUCCAUCUCUCUUCAAAAAGGUGAAGCCAUCACUGGAGACAGAUGUGCUAGAAAACGAGGAUGGAGAGGGCUUCAAUGUACUCUUCGAGCCCUGAGCCUGGGAUGCUGCAGCCAUCUCCUCCCUUACCUGAAAAUUUGUCUCUCCUCAUAGUAAGCACAUUAGAUUCUCCUUGUCACCGCCUCCACAAGCAUUCGUCUGAAUAAAGCCCCUGACGGGUCCUGUCCCCUUCUCUUCCAUACACUGGGAUGGGGCCUGCGGUGGCAUUUGAACCAGUCAA